AUGGCCAUGCACGGCAUCGCCUCUGCUCUGCUCCACCCCGGCCCCGGGUCUCUCCGCGUACGCCCUCGCGGCUCCGCCCCGCGGCCGGCUCCCGUCCCGCAGCUGGCCCUUGCUGCACGCGUCGGGUCCCCGCUUCGGCUCCCGCCCAGCAUGCCCGGCCGCCGCGGCGCCGGCUCCCGCCGGCCUCCUCCACGACGCCACGCCCGCAACGCCGCGGCUGCGUCCCGCUCGUCGCCUCGCCAUUCUAGCCGGCGCCACCCGAGCAGCUGCCGUCCUCUGUGCCCACGCCCCAACGCCGCCUCAAGCUCGCCCUGCGGGCUCCCUGCAACCCCCGCGCGCUGCUCCUGCCUCGCGCGCCAGCAGAUCCCGCUCACUGCUCCUCCCCUGCGCGCCUCGCCCCGCACCUGCCGGGUCCGCGCGUCCCGGCGCGUUGCCUUCGCCGCGACUCUCCCCUGUGGUCGUCCCACCUCGCUCGCACAUGCGCCGACCGCGCCGGCUGCUCGGCCGGUGCCCACGCGCCUGCCCGACCUCGUCCCACUCCCGGCGCUUGGGCCGGAUCCCCGACGCUGGCCCGCCCUGCGCCGGUUCCUCCCCGUGCCGGCUUCCCCGCGCGCCGCCUCGAGCGGGAGGCCUGUCCGCCUCGCCGCUGUGGACACCGCCGCCCCGGCCGACUGCGGCUCCUGCGCCAGCCGGCCUCGCCCGCCUCCGUCGCGGCGCGGCUCCCCUGCUUCGCGCCCACGUGCCCGCCUGCUCCCGCGCCGGCUGCGCCUGGUCGCGCUCGCGUCCGCCUACCGCGCCUGCAGGCCCUGUUCGGCCUGCGCCCGCAUCACCGCCUGCCGUCCUCUCGUCCAAGCCAACACCCGGCCUCCCGCGCGCCUGCGCCCCGGGCCGGCUCCUCCUCCGCCCCAGCCGGCGCCCCGCCCCGUGGCCGGAUGUGCCGCGCCGCCUCCGCGCCGAACCGUCUGGCUCCCCGCUCGCCCGCUGCCGGCUCCUGUUGUGGCCGACUGCCCACACGGGGAUGGGCAAAGAAAACUAGAAAAGGGCAGAGCCGUGUAA